AAAAUAAUCUACUUAAGUAUUUUAUUUUAUUAGUAAGUGAACAAGCGAUAUUUUUCCCAAAAUGAAAAAAAACAAUAUUUCUAACGCACAAAAGAUUUUACUUAAAUGGUGUUCUAUAAACAAUUUGAAUCCUGAUUUCAAUUUUAAUCAUGAAGAUGAUUUGAAGAAUAAUUAUAAUGAAAUAUGUAAGCUAACAGUGCCUGGACAUAAUUAUGUUGGAAUUGGUGUAGCUAAAAAUAGGUCCAAAGCAAUUAAACAGGCUUGUCAAGACUAUGCUGUAUAUUUACAAAAAGAAUUUGGAAUCACAAAAAAUAUCUUACAAGAAAUAAAUGAUAAAUCAAACCAAACAAAUACUAACAACAACUUAUUAAUCAGUUUUAGUAAUCCUUUAAAUGAUAAUAUUAAUAAUGGUGAUGCUGAAUAUAUUGAAUAUAAAAAAUUUGUUGAAAAUUUAAAUAUUAAAAGCAUUAUUAUUGAUGAGACUGACUGUUUGAAUGAAAAUGCUGUAAACCAUGGAAAUUGGACUACUGAUGUUGCAAAAUCAUUUUUGAAUACUUUUAUAAAAAUUAACAAAAUAAGCAAUCCCAAUUACAUUUAUACAAAUAUUGAUGAAAAGUGUUUUGUAGCAAAAAUAUCUAUAUUCAUUUUGGAACUUGAGAAAGAGAUAACUGGAUGCCAAGUUGAUAAAAACAAAGAUUAUGCAUCUAAAAGAUGUGCUGUCUCUGUUGUUCGUCAAUUAUUUCACUUGGGUAUUGUAGAUGAUUACACUCAGAUUCCAAUUAAAGAAAUUUUACUAAAAGAAUAUAAAGUUAAUGUUCAACAAAAACUUGUUCAUCGUAUUUAUGACAUAUUAGAUGAAUAUAAUAUUAAACCUGUAGUUGAAGAUAAAAGUCUUUUAGAGAUUGAGGGUUCUAUAUCAUUAAUACCUCAAGUAAAACUUGCAGAAUACAAAGAGUUUGAACCAUCAACUAAUGUUGAUAAGGUUAUUUCAUGGUCACCACCAAAUUGUUAUUUUAAUGCAUGGACUAGUACAUCAAAGUUAUUGACCCAUAUAUCAUUAGAUGAAAUGAGUUUAAGAUUCUCUAAGAAGCAUUUAAAAAAUUUAAGUCGCCAAUCUGAAAGCAUACUAAAUCGAAGCAAACUUCCAAUUUUCCAUAAAAAAAAUGAGAUUAUAAGUGCUAUAGGAAAAAAUACAGUAGUUCUUAUUAAAGGAAGUACUGGUUGUGGUAAAACAACUCAGGUUUGUCAAUUUAUUCUUGAUGAAUUUAUAAUUAAUAAUAAAGGUGCCUAUUGCAAUAUUAUUUGCUCACAACCAAGAAAGUUAUCUGCUAUUUCUGUAGCUAAAAGAAUUGCUUACGAGAGAAAAGAAAGUAUAGGAGAUAGUGUAGGUUAUUCUAUACGAUUUGAUAGUGUAUUACCACGCUCACAUGGAUCUAUUUUAGUUUGUACAGAUGGAAUAUUAAUGAGUAGAUUAGAAAAUGGCUUACAUGGAAUAUCUCACAUAAUUGUUGAUGAAGUUCAUGAACGUCAUGCUAAUACAGACUUUCUAAUGAUUAUUCUUAAAGAUAUUGCUGAGAAAUAUCAUGAUAUUCGAAUUAUUCUAAUGUCUGCUACUAUUGACACUGAAUUAUUCAGUAAAUAUUUUAAUAAUUGCCCUGUAAUUGAAGUAAUUGGAACAUGUUAUCCUGUAAAAGAGUUAUUUUUAGAAGAUAUAAUACAACAAACUGGGUAUUGUCCAACUAUUAAUAAAAAACAAAGAAAAUUUAUUAAAAACCAGAAUAACUUAAAUUGUAACUUGAAUGUUUCUGAUGAUUAUACAAAUGAUGUUAAAGAACAAGUAGCUAUGAUUUCUGAAGAUGACCAGCAUAUAGAAAUUAUUAAACAUCUACUUAAAUUUAUUGAAACUAAUGAUCAGAUACAAGAUAAAUCUGGGGCUAUUUUAAUAUUUUUGCCUGGCUGGGAUUGGAUUAUUUCAUUGAAAGAAUGUUUGUUACAAGAUGAAUAUUUUGCAUCUUCAAAAUUUUUAUUUUUGCCUCUUCAUUCAAUACUUCCCACUUCUGAACAAGAAAAAGUUUUUCAAACUGUAAGACGAGGUGUAAGAAAGGUUAUUCUUGCUACUAAUAUAGCUGAAACAUCUAUAACAAUAGAAGAUGUUGUGUAUGUCAUAGAUCACGGUAAAGCAAGAAUAAAUGUAUUCACUGCUCAUGAUAAUACAUCAAAUUUUGUGACUGUUUGGGUCUCAAAAGCCAAUAAAAAGCAACGUAUGGGUCGUGCUGGUCGAAUCAAACCAGGAUAUUGUUUUCAUUUGUGUUCAAAGGCAAGAUAUGAAAAAUUGGAUGAUUAUAUUGUACCCGAAAUUGUUCGUAUACCUUUAGUUUCAAUUGGGUUACAAAUCAAAUUAUUGAAAUUAGGUGAUAUGGAAACUUAUUUAAAUAAAGCUAUUGAACCACCUUCAAAAAAUUCUAUUAUUGAAGCUCAAAACAUACUUCAAGAUAUGAAAUGUUUGGGUGGAAAUUUUGAAUUGACUACAUUAGGAUUAGUUGCUGCAAAAUUAUCAAUUUUACCUAAUAUUAGCCGAAUGAUCAUCCUAGCAAGUUUUUUUAAAUUAGGUGAUCCUAUAAAUAUCAUAGCUGCCAUUCACUCUGAUCAAGGAGAUAUUUUUAUUCAAGAGAGUAAUUUGUCCUUGACCAAACAAACAUUCUCUGGUAAACGCUGUUCAGAUCAAGUAGCAAUGCUCAAAGCAUUUUAUAAAUGGCAAUACUUACAGGAUCAUAAUAUUAAUGACUGGAAUUUUUGUCAAAAAAAUUUAUUAUAUUGGUCUUCAUUGACAACAAGUUCGAAUAUUAGAUGCCAGCUAACACAUCGUAUGAUACAAAUGGGAUUUCCUGAAGAAAGCUAUUAUUAUCCUGAUAUUUUUAAUGAAAAUGAAAAUCCAAAUUUAGAUUUAAUAUCAGGUAUUUUAACUGCAGGAUAUUAUCCUAACAUUUGUAAACAUGAUAUUGGACGAAAGACUCUUACCAAAUCUGAAAAAUGUGCAAAUAUUCACAAAUCAUCUGUAAACUUUGAUAAAAAUAAAGAUGUAAAAUUUCCAUCUCCAUUUUUUGUAUUUGCUGAUAAGCUUCAAACUGGAGCUAUAUUUAGCAUGCAAAUGACAAUGAUAACACCAAUACACAUGUUACUGUUUGGAGCUCAUAAAAUAGUUUAUGAAGGAUUUAGGGUAGUGUUAGAUGACUGGAUUUAUCUGAAAAUGGAUGUAAAAUCAGCUGCUGCUAUUGUAGCAUUACGCCCAAUUAUUGAUCAAAUAAUGGUCAAAGUUGUUGAACAUCCUGAAUGUAUUAUAAAAAGAUCAGACACUGAUAGACGUUUAAUACAAAUUUUGAAGGACUUAUGCAACUUUAAUGCUGGAAGACAUAAUAUGUCACCGAUUAUAUUUGAUUUUUAGGACAAAUAAUUCUUAAAUAUUUAUAAAAAGUUGAGUUUUUAUUUUAAAGUUAUUUCAUUGUUAAGUUAUAAUUAAAUUAUUAUUUAAUUCAAAUUAAAUUUUUUGCUGUUAUUUUUAUAUCUUUAAAAAAUAUUUAUACAUAUCCAUUAAUGUUGUUACUUAUAACCUAUUACCUAAUUUUUGGUUUAAUUAUUAAUUACC